UUGAUACUGCUGAGUAUUUUUCCGAUAAGAUAAUACUAGUUGAAAUCAAACCAAAAAAAGGUCCUGUAUUAUUUUCUAGAGAUGAGCAUCCAUAUCCACAAACAACUAUCCAAAUAUUAUCUAAACUACUUUCUGUAUUUGUUAAAGAUACUGGUAUAGUAAUGGCAGUUCCUUUAACACAUAUUGUUAGUUAUUCUGUAACUGGUGUAGAACCUACUAUUAUGAGAAUAAGUCCUGUACUAGCAAUUAAAAAAGUAUUAAAAAGAGCCAAUCUUAAACUUUUGAAUAUUGGGCUAGUAGAAGUUAAUAAGGCCUUUGCUCUUCAAUAUUUAUCUGUAGAAAAAGAAUUAGGACUUAAUUGUAAUAUCACUAACGCUAAUG